UGAGUUGGAAAGAAGAAUGAUAUCAUAUGGACAUGUUCCCAGUGCUGAUCUAAAAGAAGUUGAGAAUGAUGUGACUGAGGCUAGGAAAAGAUUAGACCUAAAGGAAGAUAACCUAUACCUAUCAGAAGCUGCAAAAGUGUUAAAGAAUCCUGGGCUGGCAGUGGAGACCUAUGAAUCUGAGGAUUUUGCCGGCAGGGGAGAUCAGGCCUAUGAAAAUCUACACGAAUUCUGGUGUCUGACUUGGUUCAAACAUGAUAUCACGAUCUCAGCUAAAAUGGAGAUAACUUCAUUUUUGGCUCAUCUGACGAAGGAGAAUGAGGUUGAAGAUGUAGACAGGCUGCUAUUUUACAUCGAGAAGAUGGACGAAAACCUUCCUGAUCUCACUGAGGAGUUCAAGCAGUUUUUUUUCAUUGAUUUAUACCUGUUGUCCCCAGAGGUUUCAGAAUUUAAAGAUGUUGACAUUGUAUUUACCUCCCAAGUGAAGCCGGUUUAA